ACGCAGUGCAGUGAGAAGAAGUGCGCCCUCUCUUGAUGUCUCAAACGCGCUCUUUUCAAGAAGAAUAUGCAGAGUCAAUAAUAAUAUCAUGUUUUUCUGCACUUGGAAAGUUCAAGUUCAGGAAAUGUAAAUUGACAAAACUAUCGCAUGAGCAUACAGAGCUCGCACUUUGAAUGUAUUCAGCCUUGAAAUGGAAGCUGUAACCGUGAGGCAAUUGCCUACCAAGAAUUUGAGAGUCAGACUGACUGGCAUGACAGAGGACCAGCAUAUGAACUCCGACCCCAUCAACCCUCAUGAAUUAUGCAUGAUUGAUGCCGGAGUCCGUAACCUGAGUAGUCUGCGUCUGGCAUCCAGUCUCCACACGCUCAACCUCCAUUGCAAUCAGAUCAGCACCAUCGACGGACUGACUGGUCUGCAGCAUCUUCAACACCUGGACCUCUCGUCCAAUCAGAUUGCUCGUAUCGAAGGCUUGGAGGCACUGACUGGACUUCGGACGCUGAAUUUGUCUUGUAACAAGAUCAAGGUUGUGACAGGUCUCGGAAGUUUAAGGUCUAUGAAGAGACUUAACCUGUCCUACAACAUCAUCACGGACCUCCGUGGUCUGGUGGCCCUCCACGGUUCCCAGUCAAGCCUCACACACCUGGAGUUGCAAGGGAACCAGCUAGAUUCGGUCGAUCACAUCGUUGAGUGUGUGAGCGGACUGGAGCACCUAAUAGAGCUUGUGUUAGCGCAGGAUGCGGAAGAUAACCCUGUGUGUCGUCAGCCAGGGUACCGUAUGGCCAUGCUGCACUCCCUACCCAGGCUUCAAGUAUUAGAUGGUAUAAAUAGACAAGGACAGCGCAUAACCACAGACAACGUACUGGCUGAUAUACCAGGAUUAGACCAGUACCUGGAAUACCUUCUCAGCUCAGAUUCUACCACCGGAAAUGCCCAGGAACCAGCAGUGAAUCUGGUGACACCGAGAAUCGAUCAGAUGCUGGACCGGUUCCGCCAGCGAGCUGUAAUGUCAUCGGGGACAACCACCACUACCACCACCACGGACACUGACACCAGACAUGGAGUCAACAUCACAAUGAUGAGACAGGGUGGUAGAAGGGUUGGCGCCACAGACCAUGAAAAGCGGCUGGAGCAACUAGAGAAGCAGCUGGCCGACAUCAUGACCAGAAGACCGGAGCCUAGGAGUGAUGUGAGCCACGGCGCUCCAACGAGUCCGCGCGGUCACAGAGAUGACGAGACGACCAACAGACAGAGAUCACACAGGUCGAGGAAGCCUAAGAGAGACACAGAUCAAACUGAUGAGAGCGACGGGGACAGCCGCGGGUCGUCCAUGGGAGCCGCCAUCAAGCAGAGGGCCAAGGGAGCUAAGGCACCCAACGUCAGGCAGACACGGGCCUCGGAAGGAAGACGACAAAAACUGGAAAGCCAGCAGCUAAUCAGGUACACAGCACAAACAAUGACGGAAUCAAUUGUGAUAUUUCAGCUUCAGUCUGUCUGCUGUUGGUCUGUAGAAAGGACACGUCCUCAGCAACAAGCCAAGUCAGUCAUUAGCACUAGCACAGGGUCACCGCCUAGUGGCUCAGAGGUCAGAGGUCACCCUCGCCGUGCUCAGAGAGUUGUCCAGACUACGGCAGAACAAGACGCUGACAAACUGGCCUUGAUGCAGGAGUUGGACAGUGAACGAGAGAGGAGAUGGAAGGCCGAGCAAGCAGCGAUCCGAUUGGCUGAUCACAUCAAAGAACUGCAGGCAAAAACAAAUGAAGAGCGUGAGCUACAAGAUGUUGCUAUCCUUGCCAGCACCAGACUAAAGCAAGCACUAAUGAAUGAGAAGGAGUCUAGAAUCAGACUGGAGGGCCACAUGGAGGAGUGCCAGGCUAAGUUGGAUGACCUCACUUCCAAGUUGGCCGCCUCUCAGAAAGCCGAGGAGGAGCAGAGACGAGCUCUGAGAGCCAUGGAGACAACAUCGGCCAAGAUGGAGACGGAGAGACUGAACCAGCAUGCUCAUGAAGUCAAGAAAACUCAGGAAUAUCAGAUGAGAGCAGCCGCCAUGGGCCGGGAGGUGGACCUGGUGAAAGCUCAGUGUAAACAACAAGAAGGAAAGAUACAACAACUGCAGGAACUGCUGGCCGGCAGAGAACAGGAACAUAGGCAGCAGCUGAAUGACUUGUAUCGUCUAGACAGCAAGGAACUCAAAGAUGUGAUCAGCAAUGAGAUAUCCAAAGAACAGUCGAGACACGAACAGGAGCAUAGGUUGUACAAAGAACGCAUUGAUGCGUUGACGAGACAGUAUUCCGAGUUGGAGGAUGAAUUUCGUCUGGCUCUCCAGAUGGAAGCACAUAGAUUUCAUGAGCUCCAGGAUGCCUUUGAGAGAGUCAGCCACGAGUCGUCUGCAGCCAAGCAAGCCCUCGGAGCUAUGACAGACAAGGAGAAGAGAUCAUCCACCAUAGUAGCUGAACUGACCGCUAUGGUAAAGGAACAGAAGGGUCGAAUAUCGGAGCUGUCCAAAUCUAAACACGAGACAGUGGCAACAUCCAAGGAGCGUAUCCAGACAUUAGAAUCCAAGCUGGAGGAAGCCAGGAGGACCCAGCUCCAGUAUGAAGCCCUCCGGCAAGAGAAGAGCCGACUGACGGCCCAGCUGGUGGCCCAGGAGUCGGUCAUCGAGGGGCUGAAGGCGGAGAGGAAACUGUGGAGUCAGGAGCUGGCUCAGCAAGGUUCGUCCCUGGCUCAGGACAGAGGGAGACUGGAGGCACGUAUCGAGGCCUUGAUGGCCGAGGCGGACUCCUUGAGGAAGCAGUCUGAGAGAGACAACGACGCCUUGAAGAUCAAGACCAAGAUGCUAGACGAUCAGACGGAUACCAUCAGGAAACUCAAAGAGGGUCUUGUUGAACGGGACGGUGAGAUCAAGCAGGCGAGAGAGGAAUCGUUGAGCCACCAGCGUCGUCUGGAGGAACAGCUGGCCAGCGAGCAGUCCGUCAACCAAGACACCAUGGAGGAGGUUGAGAGACUGAGGGAACGGAAAGAGGAACUGAAGGGCCAAGUAGCUGAGCUGGGGGCGGAGCUUGAAGACAGCAGGAGGGCGUACAGAUCUCUGGACAACAAGUGGAAGGAGAAGGGAGAUUUGAUUGGUCAGUUGGAGACCCAGGUCCGGCAGGUCAAGCAGAACUUUGACACCAAGGAGACCAAGCUGAAAGAGGAGAGAGAUAAAGCCGUCCAGGCCGAAAAAGCUGCAGUGGAGAGGUUACACCGAGCCGACGAUGCCUUCGCCAAGCAACUGGAGGCAGUUAAGAGACAUCACGAAGGAGAGAGGGAUGAGAUGAACUUGGAGAGACAGAAGGAGAUUGAUGCAGCUAACCAGAGGGUAAUUGAGGUUGAGAAUGAGAUGCGUCUUCUCCUGUCCGAGACGGAGACUCAAAAGCGAGUCAUGGAGGACAAAUUGAAGAGACUCACGAGUGCCUUCAGUGAUCUGACUCAGGGACUCACAUGAUGAGUCUUCUCCUGUCCGAGACGGAGACUCAAAAGCGAGUCAUGGAGGACAAAUUGAAGAAACUCACGAGUGCCUUCAGUGAUCUGACUCAGAGACCCACAUGAUGUGUCUUCUCCGGUCAGGGACCGAGACUCAAAAGCGAGUCAUGGUGGACAAAUUGAGGAGACUCACGAGUGCCUUCAACAAUCUGACUCAGAGACUCACAUGAUGCGUCUUCUUCCGUCGGGGAGCGAGACUCAAAAGCGAGUCAUGGAGGACAAAUUGAAGAGACUCUUUGAGUGCCUUCAGUGAUCUGACUCAGGAACUCACAUGAAGCGUCUUCUGUCCGAGACGGAGACUCCAAAGUGAGACAUGGAGGACAAAUUGAAGAGACUCACGAGUGCCUUCAAGGCUUCAAUGAUCUAAUUCGGGGACACAGACUCACACGAUUUGGAAAGAUUCAUUCCUUGAUAACGUAAGCCUGUAAAAUUUAGAAGUAUGUCAAAUUCUUUCAUACAAAAUCCCUUUUUUUCAAAAUGAAAUGAAAAACCUUAAUUAAACAUUUUAAGACAAAAUUUCGAUGAAUAUUUUGGGUGAAAUCAAUUCAAAAUUGUUGUUUUUCUAUAAACAAAGUGAUGAAUUUUGCCAAAAUCUUCAAAA